AUGGAGUCGCCAACCAAGUCUGAAAAGCUCGUACAAGAAGACCCGCUGGAGAUCGGGCGCGAUGGCAUGCCACCCGAGAUCUGGGAAGAUAUGGUCAAGCACGAGAAGUUCAUCUACUUCUCGCUCAUGUUUCUCAACGGCUCGGUGCUCUGGGCCUACUACUCGUGUCUCAGUGCGCAAUAUUUUUACACAGUCGAGUUCCCACACUCCGGACUCGAUUUCUCGUUCCUCACGACGCUGUGCACGGCCUGGCCCAUGGUUCUCGGCCAGGGACUGCAGAUGGUCUUUGGUCUUGACAAAAAAUAUAGUCAACGCGCCCGCGUACACGUAGGCUACUGCAUCUUUAUGGUUAUGGCUAUCCUCAUCAUGGUCUUCAGCGCGAUCAACUUCUCCAAUCAAAAGACCGGCGCGAUUCUCGUGCUCGUGUGCUUCGGCUGCAUCGGCUUCGGUAAUUCGUUGUCCGAGGCCACAUACUACACGUUUGCCGCGUUGUUUCCCAUCGAGAAAUUCACGAAUGGGGUGCAGAUCGGCAACACUUGCGCCGGUAUCCUGAAUAUCACAGUGGCUACUGUGCUGCGUCUUGCUGUUGGAGGUGUGAACCAGACCAGUAGCUCCACGAAGCUAAGCUUCUAUCUGUUCUUCAGUCUCUUGGUAAUUGUCUUGAUAUGCGCCAUCCUGCUCUACCGCUACUUAGUGAGUCUACCGUCGGUUAAAUUCCUCAUGGAUCGCAACGAGAAGUCGGCCAAGGAGGAGCACCUCGCGCACCAAUCGGUGGGACGGACGCUACAGAACCUAGGGCGAAUCUUUGCUAUCAUUUGGGUUCCAGCCAUCGCACAACUCCUCAUCUUCUUCGUGUCGCUCUCGGUAUUUCCGGGUUUUGGGUGCGCAGCAUCGCGGAACCUGUUUCCGCCGUACAGCGAGGACGCUCACGACCUCACGUCAACAUGGUACUGCUCUCCGGGUAUCAUUGGCAGCUACAACUACGGCGAUUUCAUCGGUCGUAUCCUGUGUACGGCCGCAGUGUACCGCGUGGUAACCAUGGGGUGGGCGUUCGGGCUGUCUGUCGUCCGCAUCGCCUUCAUUCCGUUGCUGCUCAUGGGUGUGGCCGGCACGUCGCUCUACGCGUUCCCAUCCGGCAGUAUGGGCGCGCUGGCCUUCAACAUCGUUCUCAAUCUACUCAUUGGUAUUUCAACGGGCCUGCUUUCGACUGUCACGAUGGGCGUGGCACCUCGAAUGCUGAAGCCGGAAGACCGCGAAUCAGGCGGCGCCGUCAUGGUUUUUUUCCUGUUCCUCGGAAUCGCCACGGGCUCGACAUUUGGCUUCCUCGUCAGCGACAACGGAUGGCUUGGUUUGUAG